AUGAACGGCUACGGCUCUCCCUACCUGUACAUGGGGGCCCCGGUCUCUCAGCCCUCGCGGGCGCCCUUGCAGCGGACCCCCAAGUGCGCGCGCUGCCGCAACCACGGCGUGCUCUCCUGGCUCAAGGGCCACAAGCGCUACUGCCGCUUCAAGGACUGCACCUGCGAGAAGUGCAUCCUCAUCAUCGAGCGGCAGCGCGUCAUGGCCGCCCAGGUGGCCCUCCGCAGGCAGCAGGCCAACGAGAGCCUCGAGAGCCUCCUCCCGGAGUCCCUGCGGGCCAUGCCUCCGGGGGGCCCCGCAUCCGCGGCCGCGGCCUCCGUAUCCGCGGCCUCCCCCACCCCGCCGCCGCCCCCCGCAGCAGCAGGAGCCCUCCUGGUCCUCCCCGCAGAGGGACACCCCACCCGCACCCCCGCCAACGUCGAGAUGGCCCUGCGAUGGGCCUCCGAGCAGAGCCCCAACGCCGCCAAUGCUGCCAACGCCGCAGCCCUACAGCCCCAGAUGCCCAAAACAGACAUGACUGAAGAACGGUUGGGUGAUGUCAGCGGAGGAGACAGUGCUGAGACCUACAGUGAUAAAGACGCAGACCAAAGGAGUUCCCCAGAUGUGACAAAGGCCAAGAGCAGUUUUGCCCCUGAGAGCCCUGAAAUUGUUUCUGUCGAUGAGGUUGGUUAUGCUGUCCAGAAAAACAGUGGGAGUGCUGACAGCAGACCCGAGAGCCCCAAGUACCAAUCAGAACAAAACCACCUUUUGAUUGAAGGUCCAUCUGGGACUGUUUCUCUGCCUUUUGGCUUGAAAGCUAACCGGCCACCCCUUGAGGUGUUGAAAAAGAUUUUCCCAAACCAAAAGCCAACGGUGCUUGAACUGAUCCUGAAAGGCUGCGGAGGUGACCUGGUGGGUGCAGUAGAAGUGCUUCUGUCCAGCAGGUCCUCCAUUGCAGGGGGAGACAGAACUGCCGAGUCAGAUGGUCUGGUUUUGCCUUCAAACGGGCACCUCUUUGAACACACCCUCAGUUCGUAUCCCAUUUCUUCCUCAAAGUGGUCUGUGGGGUCUGCUUUUCGAGUCCCAGACACACUGAGGUUUUCUGCUGAUACUAGUAAUGUUGUGCCAAACCCUCUGGCUGUGCCCUUACAGCACCCAUUUCCACAACCACCCAGAUAUCCACUGAUGCUGAGGAAUACUUUGGCAAGAAACCAGUCCAGUCCAUUUCUGCCCAAUGAUGUUACUUUGUGGAACACCAUGACUCUCCAGCAACAGUACCAAUUGAGGUCCCAGUAUGUCAGUCCUUUCUCAGCUAAUUCUACCAGUGUCUUCCGAAGUUCUCCCGUCCUUCCAACACGUCCUUCAGAGGAUCCUAGGAUCUCCAUCCCAGAUGACGGAUGUCCAAUUGUCUCAAAACAGCCUAUUUAUGCAGAAGAUGAUUAUGAUGAAAGAUCCGAUUCCUCAGACUCCAGAAUAUUAAACACAUCUUCCUAGAAUAACAAUUUACAAUGAUAUUUUGAAGCACGGUAGAAAUACCAGCCAUCAAGAGGAAGGAAUCAGGACCCCUUGAAUUGUAUAAAAAAGUGACUCUGCUUGCUACUAUCUCCUAGCAAUAAAAACAUAACUUAUUUGUUUUCUUGCACUUCACUGGAAAAUGCCAAAUAGCUACUACUUCAUGGCUUUAGUACUGAAUGUUUGUUACAAAAGUAAAAGGAAAAAAAUGUUGAAUUUUAAGCAUACGUGUGACAAAGAC